CUCCUUUUCACCCUUCGUUUUUCUUUCUCAUUCCCUUUCAAACAGGCAAAUGGCUCAGAAACCACCCAGAUACGACACUCGAAUAAAAUAUACAAACAAACAAAACGAUUAACCCUCGAUAAGGCUUCCUUGGCAAGUGUCUUGCUUGCUACGGAUCUUGAGAAUAUGAGCUGUUGAAGAAGCUCCCCCAUUUAAGCUCGGCUUUUCCCCUUGUUCUACUUUCUUUAACUGCCCUCUUCCGAUACUCCUUCUCAAGUAGAACUCUAUAUAUUUUUUCUAUCUUCUCCUUCUUCUCUACUUGGUUUUCAUAACUAUUGUUUGUAUUAUUUCAUUUUUAGAAUUCUUUGUUCGAUAUUUUCUGCUCUGUAAAUAUUUAGGCUUGCGAUAUAUAUUAUUAUCUUGUUGAAGUUUAGGAUAUUUGGGUUUGGUUUUUAUUCUUUCAAUCCUAUAGAAAUCAAGUACUUUAAUUCAUGGAAGAGGCAAUAGUGGUAAACAAAGGAGAGGACCUCAUCGGUUUGCCUCCGGGUUUUCGAUUUCACCCCACGGAGGAGGAGGUUAUAACUUAUUAUCUUACAGAGAAGGUGGUGAAUAGCAACUUUAGUGCAAGUGCUAUUGGCGAAGCUGAUCUCAAUAAGUGCGAACCCUGGGAUUUACCAAACAAAGCGAAGAUGGGAGAGAAAGAAUGGUACUUCUUCUGCCUGAGAGAUAGGAAGUAUCCAACAGGCAUGCGAACGAAUCGAGCGACGGAAUCUGGAUACUGGAAGGCCACAGGAAAGGAUAAAGAGAUAUACAAGGGGAAAGGCUGCCUUGUUGGGAUGAAGAAGACCCUUGUGUUCUAUAAAGGGAGGGCUCCAAAAGGAGAGAAGACCAAUUGGGUCAUGCACGAGUACAGACUGGAAGGAAAAUUCGCGUACUGCAACCUCCCCAAGUCUGCAAAGGAUGAAUGGGUUGUCUGCAGAGUUUUCCACAAGAGCUCAGGGAUCAAAAAGGCCUCGGCCCCAGACGCCCUGCUGAGAAUGGACUCCUUUGGGGAUGAUCUAUCAUCUUUUCUCCCUCCCCUCGUGGAUCCCUCAUUUUCCAACAACAAAAGGGCUGGCUGUGGUGAAAACAACUUCGAGGUAAUCCCCAGCUCAUACUUAUCAAUGAGGGAGAACAACCAGCAGCAGCUAAAGCAGCAAGUCCAGAAGAAUAUCGUCCAGCUGCCCUUCAAUAAUUCUAUCCCCAUCACUACUUACCAAGCUAGUCUCAUGAGUAACUCCACAGCGAACCCCUUUUUAAAUCCUGGUUCGAAUCCUCCCUUCUCCUUUCAUGCAAAUCCAAACCUUGAUUAUUUGCACCAAGGGAGGGCUAGUUCAAUUCAGAGCGUCACUGACAUCUAUGACCAUGGAAUCACUGAGCGAGCUGUUUUAAGAGCACCCGAAGCCAACAAUAACGGAAAAUCUGGCUUAGAGAGGCAGUGCAAGGUGGAGCAGUUCUCAUCCAAUCAGUCCAUGGCCAGCCUCUCACAGGACACAGGAUUUGGCACUGACAUGAACACGGAGAUUUCUUCUGUCGUCUCAAAGCAAUAUGAAGGAAGCAACAGAACUUACGAUUCAUUGGUUGGCCCCAUUGCUGAUUUGGAGUGCUUGUGGGACUACUGAAGAAUAUAAAAGAUGCAUCCCGUUUGUUCCUUAAUUUCUUGGGCUAUAAUUGUUUUCUUCCAAACAGUCGCUUGCUUCCCGUGUAUGAUAGGUAUAUAGUUAGUCAGAAAAUGUUCUUGGGCACAUAUACAUUGAUUCGUGAUCAUGUCCAAAACUUUUCCGAUGGCAUUUUUAUUUUAUUUAUAGAGGAUGCCAAUCAAGGAUUUUAUGGACAUAAACUAUGUAUGUACAUACAUACAUACAUAUAUAUAUAUAUAAGAUGUCGUUAUACGAAUUGUUGAUUUGAAGUUAA